AGCCGCCUGGCUGUGCGCUGCUUUCGACUCGACGAAGUGAAGAGCCCACCUGAGCCCCGUGUUCGAGGUCCAGGUGAGUGGCCCCUGCCCACAAGCUAGGCCCAGGCGUGCACGAUGCGUGGCGGGGGAUUUCUCGGUGUGGACGGCCGUCCUCCGGCUUCAGCCUUUGUUGUGCACAAAUGGCAAACCGUCCAACACCAACGCCAACACCUGUGGGGGCUCCCGGUGCCCGACGGGUGGGGGGCAGCAGGGGCCGUAGGCCUCAGCCCUGGGCACGUCUGCCCCAGAGGCGAGCUCUGCAGAUGGGGCCACGUUCCAAUGGCCAGGCAGCCUGGUAGGCCGCCGUGGCCACCGUGGUCAGUGUCCAGCUCCUGGGAGAGGGGUGAGGGAGACAGGGCAGGGCCAGCUGGGGCUCCUGUUUGGCCCAGGGGAGAGAGCUGGGGUCCCACCCAGCUUCCCCAAGGGAGGGUCGGUGCAGCUCACGUCUUGAAAAUAACUCUCAGCUCCUUUGGGUUGGGGGUGCGGACUUUGUCGACUCUACUAAGUGCCAGGGCCAGGGACUGCAAUCUGCUGUUUGAAACCCCCAUUUUAAAACGGAAUCUGCCCCGGUGCCAUCCGCUCAGGGCCAGCAGCGCCUGCCGGGGCCGGAAUGGCGCAUGCAUGGGGCAGCCUCAUGGCGGGGGCCGCGUGGCGUGGGGGAUGGGCAGUUUUUUGUGUGAGAAAACCGAGGCUCAGAGAGGCCAAGGAAUAUCCCCCGAGUCACACAGCUGGUGGGUGACUGCACCCACACCCAGGGUCCUGACUGCAGGGCCCCCCCCCCACGGCUGGGUGGGACAGACCACCCCCCCACACACCCCCGCCUCUUACGGGAGCUGACCUCAGCACAUUUUCCCCAGACUCCCAGCAGGAGCAGGGGCCUGGCUUUUGGCCUGGAGUUUCCCUCCAUCCUUCCUCUCCCGGGGGCCGUGUCAUGCAGGUUUGGGGGGUCCCCGUAUCCCGGGCCUGCUGGCUGGCUGAUGAAGCCCCCAGGUGCCUUUUGGGGGUGAGGGCUCCAGGCCUUUUUGGCUGUGAGUGCUGGCUGGCCCAUGGACAGCGCACAGUGUGGCGGUGGGUGGUGGGAAAGACAGAGCCAUGAGGUUGACUGAUCUCAAAAAGUUCUCCGGAGAGUUUGUCAUUUGCACACUGAGAAUAAAAAUCUUGGGAGCUUCAGAAAAAAACCAAACAGGCAAGGCCAUCUGGCGCCCUCUAGUGUUCACAAAGGGGCCCAGGAGCGGGAGGGCCGGCGCCUGCCCUGUAGACCACAGCCUGGGCUUUUCCCGGGUUCUUCCGGAGGGGGACUUGCGGCAGACACCUCUCAGCAUCAGAGGGGCACUGACCCCUCCCCGGGGAGCCGCUUACCUCCGGGCCGGUGGACCGGCCGGGAGCUUGUUGGUGCCCGAAGACCUCCGGUCCAAGUCUGGGGCUCAGUGGGAGGGGCUCCCUCAGAUCAGGGCAGAACUGGGGUGCCCCGGUGCUGUGCCCAUGGCAGGACAAGCCCAUGUGAAACCAGCUGACUCUGGCAGUCGGUCGGGCCCGUGCUGGUCACCUGUGAGACCCCACUGUGGUGCUCACGUCCCUGACACCACGUGGUCCCUUAAGUCUCAGAAUUGCUUGACGCCCACAGAACUCCCCUGGACACCUCUUGGAGAGGCUAGGAGCCCACUCUGGGCCGGCCUGGCUGGGGGACAGGAGGAGACUGCAGGGACUGACCGAGCAGACCUCCCAGAGGCUGGGUCUGUCCUGCGCUCACAGGCAGGGGGCCUCCCUCUGCAAACCAGGUCGACCUCGAGAGGGCUCAGGCCAAGAUGGUGGCAGGUGGGGGCUGGGCCCAGGCCGGGGAAGCAGAAAUGUCUCCCGUGCCAGCACGAGGCCCGGGAACCUGGGGAACUUCCUGGCAGUGGUGAACCCGCAGCCCCAGGCUCGCUCCCACGUGUAGUCCUGGGCCUGCCACGUCCCAGGCAGGGCCCGGGGCCCAGCGCGGCCCCUCCCGCCAGCCCUGCGCGGCCACAGCUGCUGCUGCAGCCUCCCAGAGACCUGCCUCCCAGCUCCAUCCCCAUGGAAACCCUGGGGGGGGUUCCCUCUGCAUCUGGCUGCGGACUGGUUUCCACUAGAGCCAGCCUGCUUUCCUCAAGCCCUGCCCCUGAAGUUCAAGUGCCCCCUCCCCGGGUUUCUCCCCACACCUACUGAGCAGCAGCCUUCUGUACCCAGCAGCCUGGGUUCUGUUGAAGACUGUGGGACCUUCUUGUCCCAGGUCCCUGGGUGCGAAAGGUGAGGCUCUGCGGGCCCAUCAGAUGCCAUUGAUGGGUAGUUGCCCAGUCUGUUAAUUCAGGUCAGACAUUUCCAGUGCUCAAACAUCCUGCACCAUCUUGCCGCCAUGUUGCAGUUCACGGGGACCCCCACAUUCUUUGUCUAUGAUGAACAAAGGCAUCGGAGCCCACCACCCUCCUGCAGGCCCGGCUCUGCCCUUGGCCUGCCAUGGGACCUGUGGCCAGUCCCCACUCUGAGCCUCAGUUUCCCCACCUGUCCCAGAGUCCCUUUGGCCUCCACCUCUGAUAGUUAGGGGGGGUCUCUGGAAAGUUCUGAGGGGCACGCUUGGAGCGGCCAUGAGUGUACUCCUGGACUUUGAGCCGGGACCCUGCUCCUGGGAGUGUCCCCCGGGGGUGAGGAGAGGUCUGUGAUGAAGAGGGAGGUGCUCGUCCAA